AUGACUGAUUUAGGACUCCUACAUAAUUUCUUGGGAAUGGGAGUUCUACAAACUGAACAUGGGGUGUUUAUUCAUCAAAGCAAGUAUGCAAAGUCCUUGCUUGUGAAGUUUGGUCUCGAGGAUUGUAAGUCAGUAACAAUUCCUCUACCCACUGUUGAGAAACUAAAGAAAGUUGAUCGAAGUCAGUUGGCUGAUGAAGGUUUGUUUAGAAAAAUUGUUGGCAACCUAUUGUAUCUGACUGCAACCAGGCCUGAUAUAAUGUUUGCAGCUAGUUUGUUAUCAAGAUUCAUGCAUAACCCCACCAAGAAGCACAUGGGAAUUGCAAAAAGGGUUCUCAGAUACAUUCAAGGCACUCUCAGCUAUGGCAUUGAAUUUACAAGGGACAAGAAUGCUGUUCUGAUUGGUUUUUGUGACUCUGAUUGGGCUGGCAGUGAAGAUGACAGUAGAAGCACAUCUGGAUAUGCAUUCAGUUUUGGUAGUGGAGUUUUUUCAUGGGCUUCAGUCAAGCAAAACACAGUUGCAUUGUCAACUGCAGAAGCAGAAUACGUCUCAGCAGCUGAGGCAACUGCUCAAGCUAUCUGGCUAAGGUUUGUGUUGGAUGAUUUUGGUGAAAUGCAACUUGAUGCAACACCAUUGUUUUGUGACAACAUGUCAGCAAUAUCAAUGGUUAAAAACCUUGUUUUCCAUCAGAAAACAAGGCACAUAAACUGA